GUCACCCACGGGAAGGAGGCGGCGGCCUAAUGUGAAGUCUUUUCCGUCGCCCGGCAUGGUUCCUGCACGCUACUGUGUUCCUGGAGAACGACUCUGCAGUUUAGAGGAAGGAACUCCUGGGAAUGGCACCUACACACGCCAUGGUUCUAUCUUUGCUUCUCUGGCUGGUUGUUUCAUGAAGAAAAGUGAGAAUGGCAUGCUCCCAGUAGUCUCCGUGAUGAGAGAUGUGGAAUCUCAGCUGCUGCCUGAUGUGGGAGCCACAGUGACAUGCAAGGUUUGCAGCAUUAAUUCUCGUUUUGCCAAGGUGCACAUUUUAUAUGUUGGUUCUACACCGUUAAAAUCCCCAUUCCGUGGAACAAUACGCAGAGAAGAUAUCCGAGCUACAGAGAAAGACAAGGUAGAGGUUUACAAGAGUUUCCGUCCAGGAGAUAUUGUUUUGGCCAAAGUUAUCUCUUUAGGGGAUGCACAAUCUAAUUACUUGCUGACCACAGCAGAAAAUGAGCUAGGGGUAGUGGUGGCUCAUAGUGAAGCAGGAGUACAGAUGGUGCCAAUCAGUUGGUGUGAAAUGCAGUGUCCCAGUACACAUGGCAAGGAGCUGCGCAAAGUAGCCCGAGUUCAGCCUCAAUUUCUGCAAACAUAGUGAAUGAUGCAUACACCAAGACGCGUGAUUGGUACCAGAAAAGAUUAAUCCUAGGAAAAGAACCAGAGGAACUUGAAAGCAGCUGUUUCUACUGUGGCUUCAAGAAUGUUGGAGAGGUUUUUGGUGAAGAACAUCAUGAUUAGAACCUUUUACUUUCAAUUUUGUAUCCUAAUUUUGUUUUGUAAAUCAAUAAACUUUUCACUCUGAUUUCUGCCUUCAGUUGAAGCAGCUAAACUCUGCUUUGGAAGAGCAAAAAAACAAACAAAAAAACCCAACCCACAACCCAUAAAGGACACCUGCCUGCAUUUUUCUUUGUAAAUUACAAGACAUUGGCCUGUUCAAAAAGUAAGCCUAAAUCAAUAUCCAUCUAUUUCUCUUGAAAUAUGCAUUGUUAAAGUCCUUUUGAACCUCAGUUGUCUCAGUGUCACAAAAAGAUUGGAUAUAAACUAGGAACUUGACUGAGAAAAAGGUUAAACUAUAUUUUGGCUUAUGGAAACAUUAGACUUACAUAAAAUUUAAUGUUUUUAGGAGAUGUGAUGCAACUUCCUGCCAAUCCACUGAAGAAGUGGCACUCAGCCAGUCUCUGGCAUAUAAAAUUAUGCAACUAUGUAUCUCUUGACAGUAUAUAUGAUAGUGAGAUGUGCAAAGACCCAAAUAAUGCACAUUCUAGCAUUCUUCUAAGGCUCAAGCUUUCGAAUAUUUUCUAGAGGUGAAAGCAAAAGAUAUUAUUUGAGCAUGAUUUUUUCAAUAAAGUCCCACAUGUUUUCUUCCACCUAUCCAUGUCCUUGUAUUUCCUGUA